GGAAGAGCCUCACCUGACCGAGGCGCUGCGGUGACGUCAUCGGCCACAUCUCUCGGAUAGCAGAGGAGAGACGGAUACCGGUGAACCGGCAAGUAGAUGCUGUGACGUCACAUGAGGGUUAAGCACUCUCCAGCUGCAGAAUGGACGUGAAGGCGGACGCUGUGAUCUGAGGUCCUGCAAUGAAGCGUACCCCUUUCAGAGUUCCUGACACCUCCCGAGCGCAUCUCGUCUCCGAUUCUCAGCUGGGAAGCCAUAGCCAGAAAGAAGGGGGAAUGUUCACCAAUCUUAAGAAAAAACUUGCGGAGGAGGGGGCCAUAGCGCCGCGGCCAGGGGGCGCUGCUCGCAUCCCGCGCUCUAUCAGCAAAGAGUCGAUCACAUCUGUUGGGGCUGAUUCUGGGGAUGACUUUGCCUCAGACGGCAGCAGCUCCCGCGAUGAUCUGCCUUCUCAGAUUUCCAGAAGGAAUGAUCAGAUCCGCAGACUGGAAGCCAAAUUAUCAGAUUACACAGAACAGGUCCGACACCUGCAGAGGAUGAAAGAGAAACUUGAGCUUGCUUUAGAAAAGCACCAGGAUUCAUCAAUGAGGAAGUUUCAAGACCAAAACGAGAUGUAUAAUGCAAGCCGAGCCAAGAUGGCGGAAGAAUAUUCACUUUCUCUUGAAAAGAAAGACCAGGAAUGGCUACUAAAGCUUGCAGCACUUGAAGAGGAGAAGAGAAAACUUUCUGACCAGGUGGAAAUGAUGAAAAAACAGAAUAUCUCUUUGUUCCAAAAACGAGAAGAUCUUGAUGAGUUGGAAGUGUUUCAGCAACAAGAAAUGGCAAAAAUCAAGCACAUGCUGUUAAAGAAAGAAGAAUUACUGAGUAAAGCUGAAAAAGACUUAGAGUUAAAAUGCAGAGAAGCCGAGACAUCUCAGGCAGAGCUUCAGGACCGCCAGUGUCUCUCAGAUAAACUCAAGAAAGACCUUGAGCAACUCCAAGAAGAAAACUCCAAGCUGGCUGAGCAGAGGACAGAACUGACAUCAGCUCAGGAAGGGGCAGAGAAGAAGAUUACCGAGCUGGAACAGAGACAGCAGGAACUCCAGGACUUUAUCCAGCGACUGUCUCUGGACUUGCAGAAGGCCCAGGCUGGAGCCUCUAGCAGCGAGAAGAGACUGAAUGAUGUUCAGAAUGAAUACGAAACGCUAAAGCUACAGCAUGAACAGCUGAAAUCCAAGAUGGCAAUAGAAGCUGGAGAAAAGGAUGCCUUAAUUAUCCGCUUGCAAGAAAAAGUCAAUUUGCUGGAGAAGACACUUGAAGGAACUUUCUCUGGGGAGAAAGGUCUGCAAGAACUUCUUAUGGAGAAAGCAGGCCUAGAAACACGACUGGAUGAGACAAGACAACAGUUAUUGGAGACUAGGAGUCUACACUUGGAUAGAGUCUCUCAGAUGGAAUCCCAGACUGCAAAAGUAAACAGCAGGUUACAAGAUAUGCAGGAUUUCUUACAGCAGAAGGACACAGAGAUGAACCAGUUCAAAGAUGAAAGUUCCUUAAAGCUCAGAGAUGUACAGCAGACGUUACAGACAGUCCGAGAAGAACUACACGCUCGAGAGAAGGAGCUGAAGCAGAAAGAGGAGCAAAUCGCUUCAUGUCAAUCAGAACUGAAAUCGGAGAGCGAUAAAUUAACACAUCAGCUGCACAGUGUGAGACAGCAAUGUGCGGAGAAGGUGGAUCGACUAGAAGCCCAGGUCUCUGCCCUGGAGAGUGCUCGAGAAAUUGAUAGGACAUCAGCACAGCACAAUAUUAGUCUUUUGGAACAAGAAAAGGAGUCUUUACAAGAAAGAAAUAAAGAUCUGGAAGCUGCUCUCAAAAAGCUGGAGGCUGAUCAGGAGAAGAUGAAGGAGGAGCUGAGUAGUAGAGAGACUGUGAGCGUUGAGAUUGCCAAAGCUUUGGAGGAAACACGGAGGCAGAAAGAAGAUCUUCAGCAACAGGUAGCAGAUCUGACUGCUGUAAUUGAUAGGAACACACAGGAGAUAUCUCUAAAGAAGGAGCAGCUGGUGAGAAAAGAGGAAGAGGCUGCACUACUGAAAGGAGAUUAUGAUGCCAUUGUAUUAAAAAUGCAGCAGCUGCAGUCUGAACUGGAAACGUAUAAAACUAAAGCAGCUCAGAGCGAGGAGUCUGCUGAGAAACAUGUAAGAGAUGUCGGCGUGCAGCUGCAGGAACAAAAAGAGGCUCUGCAGGCAAGUGAGUCGCAGGUGUCCUCGCUCCAACAAGAAGUGUCUACUCUUCAUGAACGUUUGCAUGGAACACAUACUCAGGAGACUAAUGGAGAGGUGACAGUGGGUGACAUUGCACAGCUCCAGAAGGAGAACAGGGAAAUGGAGCAACAGAUUGCUGAAAAAAAUAAGACUAUAAAACAACUCCAGCAGCGAAUGGCAGAACUGAAGAAGACUUUGCAGAAAGAGCUGAGACUGAAACCAGAAGCAGAAGAGAAGCUGAAUCCUGCGGACCCCCUGGCCCCAUCCUUCACCGUGACCAAUAACGCUGAUCUCAAUGAUUCCCGGGAGAUAAACUUUGAGUACUUGAAACACGUUGUUCUGAAGUUUAUGUCGGCACGGGAAGCAGAGGCCUUUCAUCUUAUUAAAGCUGUAUCAGUAUUGCUCAACUUCUCCGUGGAGGAGGAAAAUCUACUUAAGGAGACACUAGAAUAUAAGAUGUCCUGGUUUGGUUCUAAGCCGGCUCCAAAAGGUUCAGUCCGCCCAUCGGUUUCCAAACCAAGGACACUGUGGUCUUAAGUGGACUGAACUUUUGGUACUAAACUCCUUUUUGGCUGCACUUUCUAUGAAAAUGACAUUGAUGCUUGAAGAUUUUGGUGCGUUCUAACUCCUCUCCCUACUGUUUGUUUUUUGAGCUUUUCCCUGACCUGUUUACAAUCCGAGUAUCUCGGUGGCGACUUUAUUUCGGUUCGGGUGGAUGAUUAAUAUUCACUCAACCAGCACAGAGAAAUGACAACCUCAAACCACUGUACAUAUGAUCCUAUGCAAUGGAAGACUCCUGUACUGUUCCUUUCCUGCACAUGAGCUGCAUUCCACUCCAUGACCGGCCUAGUUCUUCGUGUUCGGGAGCUGCUAUCGUGUGAUAUCUGGCCAGCGACACUGAGAACCGGAAGGAUUUUAUUUCUGCAUCUUGCCUCCUUUCUCUUUCAAAGGGCUUUUGUCAAAACCGACAAGUAGUGGUUCAUGGCACAGGGUAAUUUAUGGUGUUUUAUGGGGUAGUGCCAUUCUGGGCCUUUUAAUUCCACCCAAGUCUCAAAAUUAUAAUUUUAUAUAAGAGGAAAUUGAGUUUUAAAUGAAACCUGCAAGAAACUGUAGGACUCCUGCGUUCAUGAAUGGUGAAGGUAGCAAUGCUGUUCUUCUCCGAGCAUCUUGGCCGUCAGUUGCUCACCUUUCUUGGUAGGUGGAAAUAUUAGGUGGGUAUCCUAUUCCUACUUGACCUGUACAUAAUAUAUAUAAUUACAUAUGAUCCGGCUAUUUGGGGUCGGGGGGGUAUUGGAAUAGCAGUGAUGAUUGUCAUUCAUACAGGCGAUCCCCAAUGUAAAAUGAUCUAACUGGAGACGACUAAAGUUUGUUAUAUAAUGUUCCAUGGUAUCACAUAUAUGCUCAGGAAUAUUUUGAGAAUUCUUUUCACCUUAUACAUGACUUUUCAGAUGCCGUAAUAACCUCACACAGUCCUGCUGAACAGGUCACCAUUGUGCACUGGACUCUGGUGGAACGGCCAUCUGCAUCCCUUUGCUUUUUGGUUGCAAAGCCGAUCGCAGAACACAUCCAGUCAGACAGUAUGCAGUCAUCAGAGUGACAGGGACUCGGUGUGCAUGUAAGGUCUUAAAAACGACCUGUCCCCAAACCAAAAAGAAUAUGACAUACAUAUACAUAACUGUUUGCCAUGCUUCACUGAUGGGGGGGGGGGACAUGAUUAGAUGCCUCCUUCAUUCUUGAGAUGUGCCCCGAAAGUUGCGGAGCCAGAUAUGUCAGUCACUCUCCUUUGCUGCUGUUUUUUUUUCUUCUGUGGUCACAGAGAAUCAUGUUGCAGCGUGAUCUCACGAGAACUGGAGGUUUUCACAAGACCACACUUCAUCAUAGCUUCAGACGGGACCGUGUCUCACUCACAGUGAGGGAGAAACCUAGCAAAGAAGAGGAGUGACUGGCCACACCGCCAUGGUUUGACAGUCGGGAUAAACAGAUCUGGUGCCGCAACUUUUGGGGCACAUCUGAAGAAUAGGGGGGUGAUAUGCACCCAGUCAUAAUAGCAAGUAUGCCAUGCUCAGGGAUGCAUCUGUAUGUCAAUUAUUUUGGUUUGGUGACAGGUCCUCUUUAAACAGUAACUAAACUUAAAGUUUUGAUCGGUGCAGAUCCAGGUGCUGAACCCCCCACUGAUCACUAAAACUAUGGUGCAGAAGUGAUCAUCCAAGGGACGUGCCCCUUCAGCUUUCAUCAGACAGAAGUCGGUCUCCUUCUUCCCUAUUUGUCGCUGCAGAUGGUUUCUGGUAUUUUAUUCAAGAGAAGGCAGUCAGUAAUGUCCGACAACUACCUAUGUAUCAGAAAUAUAGCAGCUGCAGGCAUGUAUCAGAGACGCCAGAAGUUGCAUCAGAUCAGUAUAGGAUGGAUAGUAAAUUAUUGUGCAGAGCGCAACUUUCUAAAGUAUUAAGUUAAUUAAUUUCCUUGCUCUAAUCUCCCACAAAGCACUUUACCGGUAAGGGGAACAUCAUAACCGCGUCACAGUGUUAUCUGGUCUUUGCGUCCCUACUGUGAUUUUAGGUCUUCACCUAGUCCUUUACCUCACGUUGAUUCUAGCCCUUCAGACGGCUGAUAGUUCAUCACUGAUCGUUGUGUUCGGCUGCUGGAAUCAGAGUAGAUUUAUGGGGACAUGUAUCAUUGUAGCGUAAUAAAAUCCAUUCCCUUUGCCAUCCUGACAUCGUACAGAGAUAAUGGUGACCAGAGCGGGCACUCGUAUGCUGCCAGAUACCCAUCAGAGCCGAUCAGUCUUGUUACUUUACAGGAGGGACAGAAUGAGAAAGUUAUAAACUAGGAGUUCAAACAUCUGCUAUUAAGUGAACCUGAACCCAUGAAAACCAACUACCUUCAUAAUAACUUGUGUUCUUCUUUCUUUAAAGGGGUUUUUCUAACUUUGGGCACCCAUGUGGCAGGACCUGCAGAGAAAAGCAAACAUACUUGAUUCCGGGUCUUGAGCUUCCCCGAUGCUAAACUUCCUGUUUGAUGCAGGUCACAUGUGCCACUGCAGCCAAUUGCUGGCUGCAGCGGUGACCCCAUAUUUCAUCCUUGAGUCAGACGUCACUGCUGUGGCCAGCCAUCAGCUGCACAAGUGAUGAUGAGUGUCAGGGGGAGCAAAGUAGCCGAAACCCAAUGACAGGGGGCAGGUAAGUAAUUUCUUUUCUCUGCAGGACUGGCCACUGGGGAGGAGGGGGAAUGAGGGGUGUGUGGCCACAAGGCCACCCUAAAGGUGGAAACCCCCUUUUAAAAUGUACACAUUUAAGUGAUUUGGAGCAGAAUUUCUCAGUAAAAAGCAAAGUAAACCUGGCCAAACAUAUUUGAUGUAUGUCAGCCAAACCGCGUGAUUGCGGCAGCAAUCCGUCCAUCAUAUAAUGUCUGUGGGGAACUACCGACUCUCCUUUGGCGGCAUUAGAUAGGGGAUAGAAGGGUCUGGCAAGUUGGAUUUUAAAACGCGGAUCCCCUAAUAAGUGUCUGUUAGCAGCUUUUUCCCAUUCACAAUACAUGCAUACUUGGCUCAGUCUAGCAUGCAUGUGUAUGACAGAUCAGAGAGAAAGCUGUUGGCUGACAUUUAAUACAUUUGUAUUUGGCAAGUUUAACUGGUAGCUUUACUGAGUUUUCCCCAAAACUUUUGGUAUGUGAAAGAGACAUAUUAAAAGUUUUGAUCUGUAGGGGUCCGAGCGCUCAGACCCUCACUGAUGGGACAGACUGAUAGGCUCAAUAGAAAGUCUAUCUCCUGAAGAUAUACAAGCCCUUCUGUCUCCUCAGUCUAGGGUGCAGACCCCACCGAUGAAAACGUUUGAUAUGUUUUUUUAAACUUUAAAUCCUGAUGCCUAGGAGAGAGUGGGAUGCAUAAUUGCCCACACGGGAUAAUUGACAGCUCUCCCUGUAUCAGAGCGUGUAUGCAGAAGACUGGCAAUCCCCCAGUGUGAGCAGGGUAAUUAGGACUCAGUCUCUCCUAGGAGUCCUGUAAGGAUUUACUCAGAAAUCCUGCACCAAAUCCUGUAAAACGAUAUAACACUGAGCUCCACAUCCCUCCCUCAUAGGGCAGCCUGAAUCACCGGGCAAGUUUGCUUUCAAUGAUGAUGUUCUGUCUUCCUGCAGCCACCACUAGGGGGAGCUGGUUAGUACAUACACUUUAUUUAUGGAACUCCAAUCAGAAAGAGCUGUAACCUGUGUAAAGCUAUGUCUGCACAGAAUGAGUCAAAAACUUUUGUGUUAAAAAGCAGACAUUCACCUUAAAAUUCUCAUUAAUAUAUAAAGAUUCAGAUGAGACCUCAGGUUUGUAGCACCACAUGGAUUAUGUACCAGCAUUUCAUGUUUGUCACGGGAAGCAUAUGUUAUUCACAGACUGCGUGCCUUAUGUAAAACAGGUCACUAGAGGAGGAGGGAGGGAACUGGCCUAUUUCUGAAGACAACCCUGGCACUCUGCAGAAUAUAGGAAAUCAGAUGUUAUCUGGGCACACCCUGGAUGUAUUUGUUCCUCUAAUAAUUUACCUGGGUGCAGACGUUGGUCUUUGCAGUAGCGUAAGCCCCGACUGUCGCUAAGAAACUGGGACCGUGAAACCACUUUACAUGGGAUAAUCUGAACAGAGGCUUAGAAUUUUUUGACUUCAGGCAAUGCAGUUGGACAAGACCCAAUUAACACUAAUAGCACUAAGGCUAUGACCACAUGGUGGGGUUGAGUAGCACCUACCCGUGCGGCAGGUUGAUCGCAACUGGCUCUUGUCAAACUAACGAGACCGCACCGUUUAGUCAGCCUGCAUUGUUAAUGGCCGUGCAGUACUGAACAUGCCGACUAAACAUUGCCCUCUCUUUAGUCUAACCAGAGCCAGCUAUGGCCCAACCGCCGCGCUGUGUGGUCCUACCCUAAUAACUGUGUCAUAAAGGUGAGGCCUGGAAAUACAACUUCCCCCAUCAUUCAAGUAUCCCUUUAGCACAGGGAUGUCAAACUCGUGGCCCUCCAGCUGUUGCAAAACUACAACUCCCAUCAUGCCUGGGCAUACUGCAGCUAUCAGGGAAUGCUGGG